GAUAUCGUCUCUUGAUGUCUCGGAAUGUGUCUAACCGCGACCAGAGAGGCAGGCUGUGGAAAACUGAGGGGGAGGGAGAGGGAUCCAAAGUAACAGCGUGAAAUUGCAUAAAACAUGCCAUUGGGCGCCCAGCGCACUUCCACAUUGAUCACUCUCCGCUCGGAGUGGAUGUUCACAGCCGCUUGUGAAGAAGGAAACGGCUCACGGUGCUUUCCAUGGACCAGUACCGAAGUGACUUCUUAAAAUGUUGGAUGUAUACAUGGGUUUUAUUUUAGUUUAAGGAAGGACAGAGUUUUCUAGAAACCUGCUGCUGAAAGCUGAAAAAGGGGAACUUUCAAGAGACUCUGCUCAGACUUCAGAGAUUGUUUUUUUUUUUUUUUCUAAAAUGCACUUAUUUGGAUUUUCUGUCUUCUGUCUCGCAUUGUUUUAUGCAAACCUUGCUUUCGAGUCAAGUCACGACUACUAUGAAUACGAUCAAGAUCAAGCAGAUGCCAUGGAGCAUUCAGAGCCAGACCUGGUGGAGCAGUUGCGUUCAGCGGGUAGUGUGGAUGAACUCAUGAGGAUAGUUUACCCUACCUACCGGAUCAUGCUGAAGUGCCGUUCCAAGAUGGGGUCGCGCUUACUUCGCAGAGAACCAAGCUCCACAGAAACAAGGUCGGAGGAGGCCUCCUUUGCGGCUGCUUUCAUCAAUCUUGAACUUUUGAAAAGUAUUGAGAUAGAGUGGAGAAAGACGCUGUGCAUGCCACGCCAAGUUUGUUUAGAUGUGGGGAAAGAGUUUGGGGCUACAAACACCUUCUAUAAACCACCCUGCGUGUCUGUCUACAGAUGUGGGGGCUGCUGUAACAGUGAGGAGCUUCAGUGCAGGAACAUCAGCACUUCAUACAUCAGCAAGACGUUGUUUGAAAUCACAGUUCCAGUCAAGCAAGGGACCAAACCGGUCACCAUAAGCUUCGCCAACCACACUUCCUGCAGCUGUUUGUCAAAACAAAAUUUGUACCGACAGCAGCACUCAAUCAUACGAAGGGCCCUAACAGAAUGUCAUGUGGCAAAUAAAACAUGCCCAAAGAAUCACAGCUGGAGUAAUCACUUAUGCAAAUGUGUGCUGCUGCCUGACACCCUUCAUUCAAAACCACAUUCUGAUUUUGAAACGGACUUUUGCGGCCCUGACAAAGAGCUGGAUGAGGAGACGUGUCAGUGUGAAUGCCGAAAAGAGCUAAGAAAAGCAGGCUGCGGACCACACCAUUACCUAGACAAGAAUACAUGCCAGUGUGUGUGUAAAGCACAGCCGUCCUCCUGCGGGCCUCAACAGAGCUUCAACAGGGACACCUGCCAGUGCACCUGUGCCAAAGUGUGUCCGAGGAGUCAACCUCUCAACCGCACCAAAUGUGUGUGUGAAUGCACAGAGUCCCCUAACAAGUGCUUCUUAAAAGGGAGACGGUUUCACCCGGCCACAUGCAGCUGUGUCCGGCCUCCAUGUAACGUGGACCCCAAGAGAAGGAAAUGUAAGGAAAAUGAGUAUUUCAGUGAGGAACUGUGUCACUGUAUACCCACAUACUGGGGAAGACUGGACUAAACCCAACCAACAGUGCAGAUGGCGCUGAAUGCUAACGGACAAUGGCAUUUGAAGCAGUGCGAACGUUCGGCUACUGCUUAUCAGACUCACAUGCGUAGUCAUGUGGACUAGCAAUGGAGAAACUGGGAGACACACACAAAAAAGUCUACAUUCAACCCCACAUAUCAAGCAUGGGCUGAGCUAUCCAGGACUGAAAGACAGAAAAGCCACGAGCCAUGUUUUUGUCGGAUAAUGAUUAUAUAAUUUAUUGCCAUGAAAUGUUUUGCAACUCAUUCAUUUCGAACCUUUGCAAAGACAAAAAAAAAGGAAAAAAGAAAAACACUGUGAUCAAUAUUUUUGUAUCAUGUUAAGUCCAGUAAAAUAAAGUAUAAAGUUGUAUAUUGUUAACUUAUUUAUAAGCUAGACUAUCUUAUUAAAGUAAUACUGCACAUGAUUCAAAUGUAUUCAGUUUUGACUACCAAAUAUAUGCAUCUUUCAUCAUUCCAUAUUAAACUUCAUCAAAGCGAUCAUGCAAAGCCAGCAAAAAAAUAUGUUUGUUGACAAUCUAAGACCAUCACAACGCAAGUGAAAAGGCAGGGAAAAAACAGCAUCUGCAAAAUCUGGAAAACCGGUGCUACAUAGACAUGACUGACAAUAUACACAUGGAUGAAUGAAUUCCACUUACGUCACAUUGUGAAAGCAGUAUAAGGUGAAAAUUAUGUUGUGAAUGACUUCUAAGCUUGGAGAUCAGUGGUCGCAUCAAGACUCCUGACCUCAAUGGGUGUGUAAAUAGAAGCAAUGUGAUUGGCCCGACUCCACUUGGUAUCCGCCCACUGUUUCAGCUUGACACUGUAAAUAUAAUAAAUCACCUCUGCUUCCAUCCUA